AUGCACGACGCGAAAUUCAGGCGCGAACGUGAUGCGCUGCAGUCCAGGAUAGACGAGCUGUUAGAGAAGCUUAGACGGUUGACAGAAAUAUUAGAGGCAGCCGCCCAAAUACAUGAACAUGACGACGGUGCAGACUCUUAUUACAGACAGCACAGAGACCCAAUACCAGUGGUGUCCGGUGACGAUUUCUAUCCGGGUAACGACAACCCGUCCGACGAGCCUGAAGAAUACCCAAUGCAGUGGGAGCACCAUCAGUACAACCACGCUGCUGCCUACGACGAUACGUUUGGCCAGGAGCUAAUAACAACACCGGAUGGCACUGGGCACCUUCAAGCAGCAGAGACAGUGGAGGCUGCUGGUUCCGGCGGCGAUAAUGGCGGCCAGUACCUACUCUCGGACCCCGCGCUCUACGACGACGACCAUGACAUGACUGCCGGCGAGGCUACCCCCGCCAGGUUCAGCGACGGCGGCUUCGGAGGCGUCCCGGCCUCCGCGGCGGCGAUCGCGGGCCUCAAGAAGCAGAGGCACGACGGGUCAUCAGGAGCUGACAACAUGUGCAUCAUCUGCAUGAGGCACUACAAGAAAGGCAAAAGGCUCUAUGUGAUGCCCUGCGCGUUCAAGCAUCGGUUCCAUCGCAAGUGCCUCAAAAAAUGGCUGUCGCGCAGCCACCUGUGCCCGCUCUGCCGCCACGCGCUGCCUACCAACGACCAAGGCGUGCACAGGCCACAGGCACGCAACAUGGCUGUUAAUCAGGACAACGAGUCUCUGGAGAAGCAGACGCCCGAGCACAUGUUCCCCCUCAGCCAUCCGCCGGCGACAGCGGCAACCAUCCGCGUGACGACGACGAGGUCGGACUACGUCUUGCCCAUCGACGAUCAAGAAUUUGUUCCACCUCAUGAUUCGGAGAUCGUCAUGGCAUCUUCUUGCAAUCGGUAG